UUUACUAAUGAGUUCAGUUAUAGAAUCAUCUAUACUUGUAUCUCUUAACUGUAGCUCACAUUUGCUACUUUUCUCUGUAGCAAAUGUGAGCCCUCGACUAGCAGCCAUUAUCCGGGCUAACGGCCAAAAUCUCCAGGCCCUUCUUAACUGUUUCUUUGAGAGCAAUGUCAUACGCCUUCUAAGAGAAUCGGGCCUUCAGCGGGUGUUAGCUAUUUUGGAUGCCUGGGAGAAGAUAGAGCGUCGGCAUCAGGUGAAGGUUAUCAAGGCAAUCUUAGGAACAUUAUCUCACGUCUGUGACUCGAAACAUGGACGCAAAGCUGUAAUGUCCUUGAAUGGCAUGGAAAUUGCACAGCGUUUUAUACAAACGUGCCCUGCUGACAAGAAAUUUGAUAGCAACCUUGCAAGUGCCACAAAUGUUUUCCUAAAGUGUGUUAGUAAGGGAGAGUUACCUGUGUCUUCCAUACGUUCAGCAUUUACCUUCCAGGUGCCAAAUAAAGCUGAUUCAGAAGCAAGCUCAGAUGUUUCUCAUAAACCUACCUCAGGUUUGGAUGGUGAUUCUUCAGAAGAUGAAGGAGAUGAUGAGGUGGAUGAGGAUGAAGAAGAUUUUGAGUUGUCCAGAGAUUUUAAAGGAAUUGACUUAAUCUCAGAGUAUUUUCCUCAAAGACCCAGGAUGGAAGAAUUGUUGAAAUUAGAACCUCUUUUUCCUGAACUUAACAAUUUUCAUGUUCCUGAUGUGACAAGAAUGAAAGAGGCUGUGCCUCAUACCAGAAAAGCUGGGAGCUCAACACCUAAAGAAAACAGAGAACAUUACCUUCAAGCUUCCAACGCUCCAAAGAGUCUUAUAAACUUUGUGAAAGUUGCCUAUCCAGACAUGGUGGCUGCGUUUGGUUCUUGUCUUCUUGAGAAAUUGUAUGAAAAGGACCGCAAAGUUUGCAGGUGGAGUUUAUUACUACAGUAUUUAAUAUAUUUCAUCAAUGCAAUGUGAUAUUUUAGUGUGUAA